AUGCACACAGAGAAAGCGAUAAAGAAAGCAAUUAAAGAGAAGAGAUAUGAAGGAGAACCUUCGAAGCGAGCUUUUAUAAAUCUCGAACAUGAGGACGCUUUUUGGCAGUUCCCGCACUCUAUAGAGAGUGGAAAGGUGUGUGGAAAAGUGAGAAAUGAGGCUCUAUUUAUAGGGAACUGGACUAGGAAAAAGUGGACGACCGUCCAUGGAAAAAAGUUGCCAUGGACGGCCGUCCAUGGCCAAAAGUUUCCAUGGACGGCAAUCCAAGCUAAGUGGACGGCCGUCCAUAGCCUUAAAGUUUGCAUGGACGGCCGUCUGACUGUCCUGGACGAUCAUCUAUUAUCUCCGGCGGAUUUUCCGAUUUUUAUUGCCUCUAAAACCCCUUCCUAUCUGAAAUGGAACCUAGAAAAAGUUCCUAGGGACUUAAUAAAGUCUUGA